CACGUGUGAGCCACACCCUUGUUACCAUGACUACAGAAACAAUGGCUGAAACUACAGAAGAAGCUAGUGAGACUAUAACUGGAUACUUGCCCUGGCCUGAGGACCUUCAAAUGAUAUCAGAGUUUUUAGAUAGGAAGGAUGCACUGAUUGAAGAACACUCUCAAUUUGUUGAAACACACCCAGAACUUGGUGCUAUUCUAGCUGACUUCUUACAGUCUCUUCUGAUACACAAACCUGAUGAUGUGUAUGGAUUUGCUUAUGAUUUCUUUGCUCCGUAUUCUCCUAUUUUACCUCCAGAACCUUCUCACUUAUCAUCCAAAAGCUCCACCUAGACCAUAAACAUAAUUAAUUAUUAUUAUUAUUAUUAUUAUUGAUGAUGAUUAUAAAACUAA